CCGGCGGUCACGGGAAUAUCCGUCGCGCCGAGCACGCUGGUUAGUCUCUCUCGGGGUUCCGGCUGCGUUGGGUGUGCGUACAGCUCGCAGACACUAUGGCGUCCGGGCCUCACCCGACUUCGACCGCUGCCGCCGCCGCCGCCGCUUCGUCGGCCGCUCCGAGUGCAGGCGGCUCCAGUUCGGGUACGACGACCACCACGACGACUACAACCGGAGGGAUCCUCAUCGGCGACCGCCUAUACUCGGAAGUUUCUCUAACCAUCGACCACUCACUGAUUCCGGAGGAGAGGCUGUCGCCCACCCCGUCCAUGCAGGAUGGCCUUGACUUGCCCAGCGAGACAGACUUGCGCAUCCUGGGUUGCGAGCUCAUCCAGGCCGCCGGCAUCCUCCUCCGGCUACCGCAGGUGGCGAUGGCAACGGGGCAGGUGUUGUUUCAUCGUUUUUUCUACUCUAAAUCUUUCGUCAAACAUAGUUUCGAGAUUGUUGCCAUGGCCUGUAUUAAUCUUGCAUCAAAAAUUGAAGAAGCACCUAGAAGAAUAAGAGAUGUGAUUAAUGUAUUUCACCACCUCCGCCAGUUGAGAGGAAAAAGGACUCCAAGCCCCUUGAUUCUUGAUCAGAACUACAUUAACACCAAAAACCAAGUUAUCAAGGCAGAGAGGAGGGUGCUAAAGGAGUUGGGAUUUUGUGUUCAUGUCAAGCAUCCUCAUAAGAUCAUUGUUAUGUAUUUACAAGUCUUAGAAUGUGAACGUAAUCAAACCCUGGUUCAAACUGCCUGGAAUUAUAUGAAUGACAGUCUUCGAACCAAUGUUUUUGUUCGCUUUCAACCAGAGACUAUAGCAUGUGCUUGCAUCUACCUUGCAGCUAGAGCACUUCAGAUUCCAUUGCCAACUAGGCCCCAUUGGUUCCUCCUUUUUGGUACUACAGAAGAGGAGAUCCAAGAAAUCUGUAUAGAGACGCUUAGGCUUUAUACCAGAAAAAAGCCUAAUUAUGAAUUGCUGGAAAAAGAAGUAGAAAAAAGAAAAGUAGCCUUGCAGGAAGCCAAAUUAAAAGCAAAGGGAUUAAAUCCUGAUGGAACUCCUGCCCUUUCAACACUUGGUGGAUUUUCUCCAGCCUCUAAACCAUCAUCACCAAGAGAAGUAAAGACUGAAGAGAAGUCUCCAGUCUGCAUUAAUGUGAAGACAGUCAAAAAAGAACCUGAGGAUAGACAGCAGGCUUCCAAAAGCCCUUACAAUGGUGUAAGAAAAGACAGCAAGACAAGUAGAAAUAGCAGAAGUGUAAGUCGAUCAAGGUCAAGAACCCGAUCACGUUCUAGAUCACAUACUCCAAGAAGACAAUACUCAGUGAUUUUAUCUGGGCUGCAAGAGUUCAAUAAUCAAGUGAGGUCCCUGAGCCCGCAUGGGUGAUGCAGGAAAACCUGCAGGAAGAAAUGAAAAAACCAGGGCUCAUACCCAAGUGAGCCUCUCUCAGGUUACAUGCAAAGGUGUUUCCCCCGGCAUACUGGAGAUAAAUUUAGCUGAGCACACACCCAGGAGAAAGGAGCCCCUCUCAGGAAGGCGAAGUCCGAGCCCGGCCCAGAGAGUAUGUGAGGCCAGUUGACAACACAGUACUUGCAUUCAAAUUCCUUCUGAAAAGGGCCUGUCUGCCACCCCACCUUCCUUGAUGCUAGCUGAUUAUGGACUGAAACCUCUACAGACUGUGAGCUAAAUAAACCUUUUCUCCUUUAACUUUGGGUGUUGGGUAUUUUGUCUCAGCAAUGAGAAAAGUAACUAAGAUAGCAGAAUUCUGGGAUUUGGCCCUAGCCACUGCACACCUCUGAAAAUCAGGCCCUUGACUGUCCCUCCAACCCACAUCAUCCUGGAAUAUAGAACAUGGAGCUCACCACCUGCAAUCUCCAGGUAGUACUUGAAUUGCUGAGCAAACACUUGCUAUUGGCAAAAGUACAAAGCUCGGUGCGUCCAACAGGAAAAACUAAACACAGAAGAACAGCAUCAGCUGGGUGGGGUGGGGCACAGGAACUUUGAGGAGACCCUUGUGGCUGUGGCUGAGGUCGAGCUAGGGUGGGUCCUGGUCACAAGGGAUGGAGAGGCGGGGACCGAGGACGGUACACCUCUCAUCCCAUGCCUUGCUAGUGCUGUGCCUCUGGAAGGACUCGGUGCGCAAGCUAACCAUGGAUGUCUCCCUGACAGCCCGCCUUGCAUCCUGUGGCCAGUUGCUGCCACAUUCCCGAGCGAUUCCCCAUGAGACUCCUGGACACCACCUUGUCUGUGCCUGGCUGACGUCUGAACGCACCCGUGGGCACUGAGCACAAAGCUGUCACCAUUUACCUGAUGUAGAGGGAAUAGAUGUAACUUCCAAACCUGCUAGGGGCGGCAUCUCUUCAGUGACAGCGGCAGUGGUGUAAUCAGCAGAGUGUGGUCUCCUCAGCGAUACGGAGACCCAGCUUGAUCAUCCUGUAAAUCCUGUUCACAUGGGUGUGGGGGUCUUCGAGACAAGCCAGAGGACAAGAGUGGAGUUUCCUAAAGCAAGAUGACCAGCUCCUUUACAGUCUCGUCAUUCUCGUCAGCCUCGGCCUUUUGCCUCAAGGUCUCAAUAAUGGAGUGGUCAGGGUUGAAUUCCAGGUCAAAAGGACAAAAAGAAGUGGACAAAAAGAAGAGCUCUGAAUUCCAACUGUCCUUCAAUGGAAAAAUGCUUCACCACCAGGAAAUCCCAGUCAUCGAUCAAGCUCUUCCAGAACUAACUCUCCAUACUCCUCAUGCAGGAUAACCUUUGCUCCUCUGCCACGGAGUUCACCUUGUCAGUCCUCAUUGAAGGACCUGCCUGCUGAAGGUUCCAGGCAUACUGCUCAUCAUCGCUUUGCUUGGUGGUCACAGUCACUCUCUCAGCAACCAAGUGGAAACCCACACCUGACCGGCCAGUCAUGGAGUUGUCAGUGCCAACCUGCAAAGCCUCCAUGAAGGCCUUGGUCUCCAACUUGGUGAUGGUGCUGAAGUCAUCCAUCAAGUUAACCCUGGUCAUUCCGAUCCCAGUAUCCACGAUGAAACUCAGUGAGCGAGGGCCAGGAUUCAGACUUUGAGGUUUGAGUCUUGAUCCCCCUUCAGUAGCUCAUGCUUCUCCCAGACUCUGUGAGCCCACAGCUCUCACAAGCUUCUAGAAUUGAUCUACUUCCUCCAACAUACACUCCAAGGAAAGUAAGGUCCUAAACCAGAGUGCCUAAAUGAAAUCCAACCUUAGAAACAGAGGUGCUCUCUUCCAGGGAUGGCUAGAGGUCAGGAGUGCAGGCCUUUCACCCUUUCUAUUCCUUUUCUACCGCUUACACUAGAUUUUAGCCUUUCUCCAUGAUCUGAUCCUCCUCUGAGCUCCUCUGAGCUGUCAGUGUUCACUAAAUGCCUCCUCUUCUCUCUCCUUCUGGACUAACUGUGGUGGGUCUACUAAGGGAGGUUAAGAACAAGAGGUGAGGAUGGAGGACAGCCCUGUAUCGGAGGGUGGCAGUCAAAGGAGGAUGUCGAGGGCUAAACAAAAAGACAAUAGAGACUUGUGUGAUUUCAUAGUACAUGGGGGCUGAGAGGUCAGUGCCUCAGAGGGGGCAAAGACAAAGACACUCCGAGCUAACCAUUCUUUAUUGGGUACACACAACAAUUGGAGGAAGUAUCAGGUGACUUAGGAGGUGGUGGUAACCCUAUGUUGAUGAGGAUUUUAUGUUGAUGAGGAUCUUAGGUCACUGAGGAUCUUAUGUUGAUGAGGGCAGUAAGGAAAGGAUUCUUACAAUAGGUAGAAGGAGAUAGCAGGCUAAUAAAGAAGUUAUUCUUCCCCCAGGUGAAACCUUUCUCUUUUAACCAGCAGGGUCCUCAACUGAUGUACUCUUGCCCUUGAGCAUCACAGUAUCAGGGGACCUUUGAGGCCUCAACUUGUGACCAGAGGCAAAACGGAAUUGUUUCCGCAUGCCAUAGCUGGCUCACAGGCAAGGUGACAUUGGGCCUUCGCUAUAGCUGUACUUUAAUUAUGAAAUGAUUUCCCCUCCAAAUUUAUGUAGAAUGGCUCUCGACAGCCCUGAAUGAUGGGCUCAUUAGCCAGCACAUCCUAGGAGCAAGUGAAAAUCAACCACCUGGAAUCACAUAGCUCCUUGAAUAUAAUCCUUUUCUGAAAGCUUUGCGGGGAGGGACCAUCUCAGGAGAAAACAGGGAAGCCAGAGACACAGAACUCAGAGCUGAGUUCAUGCCUCCAGCCCUCUUGUUUUACAGAUGUUCCAAGUGAACCAAGGACAUUCAGCUAGAAUCAGGGCUGUGGAUGAAUUCAGUCAUGCCACAUCCUGACAACUGGCACCGAGUAGUAAUUUCAGUCCCUCAGCAUCUGCCCCCAGUUGUAACUUCUUGUCCAGAAACAUGCCCAGGGAGAGUGCUUGGGGAACAUGGGUGGCCACACAAGUCAGACAUUUCUCUGCAGGGCACAGCACACUCCUCAGCCCAGAUCGAUAAGCCUGACUGCAUCUCUCCUCCAGAGACAGGAACUGUGUGGACACACAAGUGAAGUAGCAGGACUCCAUGGGCUGCUUUUGUUUUCUCAUCAGCAGCUACCUUAGCAACAGCAUCUGUGCCAGGGUCCAAGAGGAAGCGGGGCACCACCUAUCACUACCCCCAGGGAGAGGUGACAAGCCUACAGGAAGAGCCGGCCUGGAAUCAGGAGGCCUGGGCUACUGCUUGUACUCUGCUGGCCAUUGGCUGCUGCCCGCCCCCCCUUCCAAAUCACUUCACCCUCUGCACAUAUUGUGAGGCCAAGGACUCUGCAGCUGGUUCAAGGAUGUUGCAGAGCACAGCCCUCUGCUUCCACUCUGGAUGGCCAUGGCACAGAAACUCCAUCAGGAAGCAGCCAUCCUUCAGCCAGUCUUCUGUGACUUAACGUUGUACUUGCCACCUGUGAUGCAGAAUGUUUGCUGACCAGGCAGAUGAUUAAGGUCCACAGGGCAAGUAAUUGGCAUGCCUGGCCUCUCCAGGAUGGAUAUUUCUGUGAGCAAUUAGAUGUCCCUGCAGUGGAGUAGGAGGUAAACUUGGCAUUGGUCCUUGAAGAAAGGAGACUGAGGUAGUAAAAAGUAAUUAUGAGCAGCUCAGCUCUACAAUUAUCUGUAAUAUUAUUAACAAUAAUAAAAGUAAUAUGUGGUCUUUGAAACUUCUAGGGUACUUUCAUAUUUGUUCUUUUAUCAUUUUAAAUAUUUUGCAGUGCUGAGGAUUGAACUCAGGGCCUCUUGUAUAGCUAGGCAAGUGUUCUACUGCUGAGCAACACCCCCAGCUGUUCUUUUGUCAUGUUCUCAUAACCAUCCAGGAAGGUAUGCAAAGCAGACAUUGCUACUUCCAUGUUGAAGUGGAGGAGAUGGAGCCAUGGGAAGAUUGAGUAAUGGUCACUAAUUGGGCACUUGAGUAAUGGUCCAGCCAGCCCUAGACUUUGCAUUAUCUGCCUUUUGAUGCCAGGACCUUUUUAUCGGAUGUGGCUUAUGAGAGCUGUUAGGAAGCAGAAGCAUCUUACAACCUUGUCUGUGGUCAGGAUGCCUGGACUUAAUACUUGUCAGAGCACCUCUCUGAAGAACAAAGAAAAGUAAAAGUUCAUUCAUUCAAGAAGUAAUUUUAUUGAGCACCUACUCUGUGCCAGGUUUGGAGCUAAGCACAGAGGACUCAAAAAGGAACAAGAUAUCAUCUCCACUCUCAAGCAGCUCAAUCUAUUAGACAUUUCCUCUAAUUUAAUUAAAUCUCCCAUGUGAGCAAGGAAUAGAAUCAUCAACAUAAGGGACCGGGAAUGUAGCUCAGUGGCACCAUGCCUGCCUUACAAGCGUAAGGUCCUGAGUUCGAUCCCGGUAUCCAGAAAAAAAAAAAUCAUCAACAUGAGAUCCUCAAAAGUGACACCCUCUACCCUUCAACCAUUUUUGUAACCCUACAGAAUCUGUGGGUGACAUAGGAGAAAACACAGUUCUGCUUUUGCAGGAACAGGGAGCAGAGAUGAAAAGCUUUAAGUGUAUGCUGGCUGUGGGAUGGGCCUGUGGGGAGACUAGAAAGACCUCAUGGUAUGGUGCAGAAGUGCUUCCAGGAAAGGUUCUGGGAAUGGUGGACAGAGGCUGAGGGGCUGCCAGGGAGCUAGGGAGGUGGCUUGAGAACACACUGUAUGGCCAGGCCUGAGGGCCAUCCUUUGAACACACAUACCGAUUAAAGUCCUGGUUCCACAGAUGGGGAGUUUGGGGUCAUCCCUCACCACAGAGAGUCAUUUUCUGAAUUGAUAUGGUUGACUCUUAAGGGAAGAAGAGGCUUAAAGCUCCAAACUAGCUCAAUAAGAGGGAUUCCUGCCACUACAGCCUGAGAAAAGCUUUGUAGCAUUUUACCUCUUUCCUAGACAGGCCCAAUCAUGCCUGGUUCUUUGGACAGAAAAAUAUUCGAAGGCCUUUUGAACUUUCUUAAAGCAUCUUUUAUCACGCAGAGAGGGGUCAAUUUUCCACAAGAAGGGCCUAAAUUUUCCAGGCUACACACUUUUAACUCACAGAAAACCAGCUGUAACUUAGGUUUCUUCUGUCCUCUGAAGUAUUUGUACCCCAAACUUAUGUGAGGGUUUAACUCCAUGACCCUGUAGACCCAAGCAGAAGAGAUUCAGAAAGGCCCAGGGCCCAGUGAAUUCUUAAUACAAGCAGGGGCAUUGGAAGACAAAUUAAGUCUCACACAGUUUAGUUUUAAUGUGGCAAAGCAGAGCCACAGCCAUGAGCCAUAGCAGAGAGAAAGAAGUUGUUCUGCUUUUGAAGAUUACCUUUACAUGAGUCCAUCCUUAAAACAGCAACAAAGAGGGGCCGGGGAUUUGGCUCAGUGGUUUAGCCGCCUGCUGUGCAAGCGCAAGGACCCGAGUUCGAUCCCCGGUACCAAAAAAAAAAAA